GGGGGCAGGAGAAAAAAGCUUUUCCAAAAAAGUAUUGGCUGUCUUGAGGAAUGCGGUCGCCCCCUUGGGAAAGUACAUAUCUGGGAGCAGCAGGCAGCUCCGCGCUCGCACUCCCGCUCGGCCGCCCGACCGCGCACUCGCCCCGCCGCUCCCGCCGCAGCCCGAGGGCCCCUCGCCGCCGCCACCAUGGACGCCAUCAAGAAGAAGAUGCAGAUGCUGAAGCUCGACAAGGAGAACGCCUUGGACCGAGCCGAGCAGGCAGAGGCCGAUAAGAAGGCGGCAGAAGACAGGAGCAAGCAGCUCGAGGAGGACAUCACGGCCAAAGAGAAGCUGCUGCGGGCGUCGGAGGACGAGCGGGACCGGGUGCUGGAGGAGCUGCACAAGGCGGAGGACAGCCUCCUGGCCGCCGACGAGGCCGCCGCCAAGGCGGAAGCCGACGUAGCUUCUCUGAACAGACGUAUCCAGCUGGUUGAGGAAGAGUUGGAUCGGGCCCAGGAGCGUCUGGCAACAGCUUUGCAAAAGCUUGAGGAGGCCGAGAAGGCAGCAGAUGAGAGUGAGAGAGGAAUGAAGGUCAUUGAAAGUCGAGCCCAGAAGGAUGAAGAAAAAAUGGAAAUUCAGGAGAUCCAACUGAAAGAGGCCAAGCACAUUGCUGAAGAUGCCGACCGCAAGUAUGAAGAGGUGGCCCGCAAGCUGGUCAUCAUUGAGAGUGACCUGGAACGUGCAGAGGAGCGGGCUGAGCUCUCAGAAAGCCAAGUUCGACAGCUGGAAGAACAAUUAAGAAUAAUGGAUCAGACCUUGAAAGCAUUAAUGGCUGCAGAGGAUAAGUACUCUCAGAAGGAAGACAAAUAUGAAGAAGAGAUCAAGGUCCUUUCUGACAAGCUGAAGGAGGCUGAGACUCGGGCCGAGUUUGCAGAGAGGUCAGUAACUAAAUUGGAGAAAAGCAUUGAUGACUUAGAAGAUCAACUCUACCAGCAACUUGAGCAAAACCGCCGCCUAACUAAUGAACUAAAGCUGGCCCUGAAUGAGGAUUAAACUUAAGUGUGAAAAAACUUGGGCUGAAUUCUAGGAAUGGAGCCCUUUGUACUGGAAGUCUGAGACUUUCCUCCCUUCAGCUAGGGCUGGAAACAGUCGCUUUCUGCAGAAAUGCAAGUGAAAGGAAUCGACCAAAAGGCUAGCUUUGCCUGUAUUUUUCUCUGUGUAGCUGGAAUAAUUAAAUUCUCUUUACCCCUCAACCAGCAUUUAUGGUAAAAUAUUGAUAUCUCUUUAGCAUUCCUUUUUGCAAUAUUUUGUCCUCUUGUUUGAACUGAUACGUAUUAAGAACCAAAAGAAAGAAAAAGUUUUCAAUUUCCCACAGACAACUGUGAGUCCUUUGAUUACAUAUUCACAUUCCUAACUUCUUGAUAUCUGUAGUGUUUGAAAUAUGAUUAAAUGUACCUAUGCUUGGGCAAAAUAGCUUUUGAAAACAGGAGCUCAUGUCAGCAGUCCCUGGUUGUCUGAAAGGUAUGCUUUAUUUGGUCUAAUGGUGGUGUUGGAGUCUGUUGAGAAUGUCGUGCUAAUAACAAAUAGAACGCUGUUAAAAUAUUCAGAGACUAUCCCAAUGAAGUGUGCAUGAAAUACAUGGAUAACUUUUUUAUGAGCAGUAGAAAUAAAUCAUUUUAAAAGUUGUCAGAAAACCUGUUUUACGGCAUCUAUUUUCUGUGAGAUUGUGUUGCAACACAAUUCCCAGACCUUUAACUGCUUGUAGCUCAGAGAUGUCUGCUGUUAUUAACUGCUCCGGUUCGUGUAACAGUGCUGCAAGCUUUAUUUGGUUUUUACCUUUCCCUUUUCCCAUGGCAUACGAUCAGUGAGCCUUCACCAAACCCACCUGCGUUUUAUUCUCAGAGUAGAUUGUUGGUGAAGGGGCACAUGACCACUCUGAGACUCUGCCUGUGGUUCCUGCGGGUCAGAGACAUCUUCCCUCUUCCUGGGUCCUUAUCUGGAAAGUGAUGUCUUACAAGCAUGCCUAGUGCUAAUCAUCUCAUCUUGUGUUUGUGAUUGAUGUUUGCCUGCCUAAAUGUACAAACCAUCCUGUGUCCAAAGCGCAGCUAUUCAUGACUUAAUUUUCUAAUCCC